AUGUCAAUGUCAGAUAAAGAAAGCAUAGAAAAGUUUUAUAUGAAACAAUUUGUAGAGCAGAUAGAAAAAAAUGAUAUUUCCUCAAAUAAUAAUAAUUCACGGAAUUUUCUUAACGAAAUUGUUAAUGAAUUAUGUAAUCUUUAUGAAAAAGAAAGAUUGAAUG